GGAAAAGGUUCCCAGUGUUCAACCUAUAUAUUGAACUUCUCUUUGGCCUUCUUCCCCCUGUCCUCAUCGUCUAAAUUGGAUUCAAAUCUUUCUAGAGAUCUGGAUUAAGUCAAUUGCUCAUCGUUCAUCAUGUGUGGCAUUUUCGCUUGUCAUCGUCAUCCUGAUAUACAGAAAUUUAAGCCGACGGCUUUGCGCAUGGCAAAAGCCUUGCGCCAUCGUGGUCCCGACUGGAGUGAGUCAUGGAUCGUCCUCGCCGGAAGAACCUCAUGAUCUGUCUCUAACAUUUCUUCUUUCUCUCUUCCACCAGGUGGAAACUAUAUGGACAACCAGACAAUCCUUGCGCAUGAGCGUUUGAGUAUUGUCGGGGUCGACUCCGGUGCCCAGCCCCUUGUCAGCGAAGAUGGAAGCCUUGCCCUAGCCGUCAACGGCGAGAUCUAUAACCACCGUAUCAUCCGAAAGGAACUGAAGACCCCAUAUAACUUCCAGACACAUUCCGACUGCGAAGUCAUCACUCCUCUGUACCUUGAACAUGGCCUUGACGCUCCCAAAUACCUUGAUGGCAUGUUCUCUUUCGUUCUUUAUGACAAGAAAGAAAACCGCGUCAUCGCCGCCCGGGACCCGAUUGGUGUCAUCAGUUUCUAUCAAGGGUGGUCAUCUCAAACUCCCGGCACAGUGUAUUUCGCUUCCGAGUUGAAGUCUUUGUUCCCUGUUUGUGACAAGGUCAUUGCCUUCCCCCCGGGACAUAUCUACGAUUCAAAGACAGACAAGACUACCCGCUACUUCGAGCCCAAGUGGUGGGAUCCCACCAACGUUCCAUCUACACCCAUCGACUACAAGUUGAUCCGUCAGUCGUUGGAGAAGUCUGUUCGCAAGCGCCUCAUGGCUGAGGUUCCGUACGGUGUCCUGCUGUCUGGUGGUCUGGAUUCCAGUCUUGUAGCAUCUAUCGCACAGCGCGAGACUCUGCGCGCACGCGAGGCGCAUGCAGUGAACGGUUCAUCUGAUCUGGUUGGCAUUGAUGACUCCAACCAGCUGCAGGUCGUUACAACUCUCCAGAAACUCCAUUCUUUCUCCAUUGGUCUCCCUGGAGCCCCCGACACCAAGGCAGCCCUCGAAGUGGCCAAGUUCCUUGGAACCGAACAUCAUGCUUUCACCUUCACCGUCGAGGACGGACUUAACGCUCUCUCCGACGUUAUCUACCACCUGGAAACGUACGAUGUCACAACAAUCCGUGCGUCCACUCCCAUGUACCUGCUUAGCCGCAAGAUCAAGGCUAUGGGUAUCAAGAUGGUUCUAAGUGGAGAGGGAAGUGAUGAAAUCUUCGGCGGCUACCUUUACUUCCAUGCAGCUCCCAACCGGGAGGCAUUCCACGCGGAGACGGUGAGACGAGUGAAGAACCUGCACCUGGCAGACUGCCUCAGAGCGAACAAGUCAACAUUGGCAUGGGGCCUCGAGGCUCGCGUGCCGUUCCUGGACAAGGAGUUCCUUGAGACCGCCAUGGGUGUGGACCCCCAGGAGAAGAUGAUCACCAAGGACCGCAUUGAGAAGUACAUUCUUCGGAAGGCGUUUGACACCUCAGACGAACCCGGUGUGGAGCCAUAUCUUCCAGACAACAUCCUCUGGCGCCAGAAGGAGCAGUUCAGCGAUGGAGUUGGCUAUAGCUGGAUCGACGCUCUCAAGGACAACGCUGAACUUCACGUUACGGAUGAGAUGAUGAAGAACCCUAAGCCAGAGUGGGGAGAUGACAUUCCAGACACCAAGGAAGCUUACUGGUACCGUCUCAUGUUCGACGAACACUUCCCGCCCUACUGCGCCAGCACCGUCGAGCGGUGGGUACCAACGUGGUCCAAGCAGACUGACCCCAGCGGAAGAGCUAUUUCCACUCAUAUUGCCAAGUACGAAGAUGCCGAGUAAAUUAGAAGGAUUUCGGUUUCAUACGCCGUUCUCUUCGGUUUUUUUUUUUGGGAAUACAUAGGAGCGGGUAUGGGUUUCUUUCGCCGCAGGUCAAGGCAAAAGUGGGCGUGUGAUCUAUAAUGAUUUACUGUAGUUUACCCCUCUUGUCUUUUUGAUGUCUUCUUUUUCAAAAGAGCCCGCAAAGAGUAUUUAGAUUGUGGCGCCGUGGUUCCAUGUAUGCUAGAUAUGUCUUGAUAGAAAGGCGCUAUCCAUUGUGGUUACUGUUUAUGUUAUUUGCGUCGUUUGCGCUGUUUGCAGAUACGACACAGCUAGUGACAGGUCACGGGACCCGGCGGGUGUGUCCGGCGGGCAUUGACCAAUCAGCGCGGGCAACAAUUCCCGUGCGGAUUUCUCGCCCGUCCCUUCUCGCUCUCUCCUCAACCUCAACUUCAACCACAUCUCUUCC